UCCCCCGCUCCUCCGGCCCUCCUGCCCCGCCCCGCCGCGCACGCGCGCGGAGCAGGACGGGCCGAUUCGCGCACCCAAAAUGGCGGCCGCAAUGGAUGUGGACACUCCCAGCGGAACCAACAGCGGCGCCGGCAAGAAGCGCUUCGAAGUGAAGAAAUGGAACGCCGUAGCUCUGUGGGCAUGGGACAUUGUGGUUGAUAACUGUGCCAUUUGCAGAAACCACAUCAUGGAUCUAUGCAUAGAAUGUCAAGCCAACCAAGCAUCGGCUACCUCUGAGGAGUGCACAGUUGCAUGGGGCGUCUGCAAUCACGCUUUCCACUUUCACUGCAUCUCUCGCUGGCUCAAAACUCGCCAAGUAUGUCCACUGGACAACAGGGAAUGGGAGUUCCAAAAGUAUGGACACUAGAGAGAUGGUCCCACGCUUCUUGUUAUGUCAUCGAACUCAGUUGUUCUUGUCACUAUGGGUUUGUUUUAGUGACUUGGAAAGUCAGUAAUGUAUGCAAUUCUUCUUUCAUGCUAAUUUCUUCCUAUUGUAUACCAUUGAAUAAAGUCUUGCUGGAGCUUCCUGUCAAA